AUGGAACCUCAAUGCACUCUUGUCUGGCCAGUUGAUUCUGGAAAUGAAAUACAUAUGAUCUCAUCUACUCAAGCUCCCCAUACGCAUCAGAAGUAUGUUGCGAAUGUUCUUGGUCUUCCACUAUCAAAAGUUGUUUGCAAGACUAAGCGUAUUGGUGGCGGAUUUGGAGGAAAAGAAACUAGAUCAGUAAUAUUUGUUGCGGCAGCGUCCGUAGCUUCCUAUUGUCUAAGAAGGCCAGUAAAGAUUGUUUUGGAUAGGGAUGUUGAUAUGAUGAAAAUUGGACAAAGGCACAGGUUUUUGGGGAAAUAUAAGGUUGGAUUUACCAAUGGCGGGAAGAUACUGGCCUUAGACCUUGAAAUUUAUAACAAUGGCGGCAACUCACUAGAUCUGUCCCUUGCAGUCUUGGAGCAUGCUAUGUUUGAGUCGGAAAAUGUCUAUGAUAUACCAAAUAUAAGAGUCAGUGGGAAAGUAUGCUUUACAAAUUUCCCAAGCAAUACUGCCUUUAGAGGUUUUGGUGGUCCACAAGGUAUGUUGAUCGCAGAGAAUUGGAUUCAUCACAUGGCUAUGGAACUCAAGCGGACUCCAGAGGAGAUAAAAGUGCUUUAUUAUGGCCAGUUGGUGCAGAACUGUACAAUACAUUCGGUUUGGGAUGAACUAAAGGCAUCUUCUAAUUUUGUGGAGGCUCGCGAAGCUGUAAAUGUCUUUAACAGCAAUAAUCGUUGGAGGAAGCGAGGAAUUGCUAUGGUUCCCACAAAAUUUGGCAUAUCAUUCACUACAAAAUUUAUGAACCAGGCUGGUGCUCUUGUGCAAGUUUACACUGAUGGUACUAUCCUGAUAAUGCAUGGUGGGGUUGAGAUGGGGCAGGGUUUACACACAAAGAUAGCGCAAGUUGCUGCCUCGUCACUAGAUAUCCCUCUAAGCUGUGUAUUUAUCUCAGAGACAAGUACAGACAAGGUUCCAAAUGCUUCACCAACAGCAGCUUCUGCCAGUUCUGAUUUGUAUGGUGCUGCAGUUUUGGAUGCUUGUCAGCAAAUAAUGGCUCGGAUGGAACCCAUUGCUAGUAGGGGCAACUACAAGUCUUUUGCUGAGUUAGCUGAAGCAUGCUACAUGGAACGAGUAGAUCUUUCUGCUCAUGGGUUUUAUAUCACCCCCGAUAUUGGGUUUGACUGGGUUGCUGGCAAGGGAACUCCAUUUAACUAUUUCACCUAUGGAGCUGCAUUUGCAGAAGUUGAGAUUGACACCUUAACUGGGGAUUUCCACACAAGGAGAGCUGAUAUUGUCAUGGAUCUAGGCUAUUCAAUUGAUCCAACAAUUGAUAUUGGCCAGAUUGAAGGAGCUUUCAUCCAAGGUUUGGGUUGGGCUGCCAUGGAAGAGCUAAAAUGGGGGGAUGACAACCACAAGUGGAUCCGACCUGGACACCUUUUCACUCAUGGACCCGGCUCUUACAAAAUACCCUCUGUAAAUGAUAUACCUCUCAAUUUCAAGGAUUCACUGUUGAAGGGCGUUCCAAACCCAAAGGCCAUCCACUCGUCCAAGGCUGUAGGAGAGCCCCCGUUCUUCCUCGCUCCCUCCGUCUUGUUUGCGAUAAAAGACGCAAUUACAGCGGCCAGGGCAGAGGAGGGUCAUCUUGACUGGUUCCCCCUUGACAACCCGGCAACACCUGAAAGAAUAAGGAUGGCGUGUGUUGACUCCAUUACCAAGAAAUUUGCCAGUGUAUAUUACCGUCCCAAGCUUAGUGUAUAG